CAGGAAGGAGCUGGGAUCCUGGUCCUCCCCUGACAGUCCCUGUCUUCAUCUCUCUGCCAUGUCCAAAUGUUUGGCUACUGUGUGCUUGUGCCGCCAGAGCUGCCCGGAACAAUCCCCCCCUGGUGACCCCACCCGGGGGUGGAUGGGAAUGCCUUUCCUCGCAGCCUAGACUUGGUUGCCCGGCAGGCCCUGCUGCCUUACAGUUAUGACGUAUUUACAUUUCCGGUCAUGUGCGUUUCUGCGCCUGCGUCGUCCACCUGAAAUGGGUAGGGCAGCAGCCGCCCCGCCCAGACUCCAUUUCCCGGUAUCCACCGCGGUAGCGCGAGGUGUAACGGGUGUUGUAGUACAACUGGUCUUCUGGCUGGUCCAGCUACAUCGACUUGCAGGAUGUCGGAGGUGCGGCUGCCACCGCUACGCGCCCUGGAUGACUUUGUUCUGGGGUCGGCUCGGCUGGCGGCCCCGGAUCCGUGCGACCCGCAGCGAUGGUGCCAUCGCGUCAUCAACAACCUCCUCUACUACCAAACCAACUACCUUGUCUGCUUCGGCUUCGGUCUCGCUCUGGCCGGGUACGUGCGCCCGCUGCACACCCUCCUAAGCGCGCUGGUAGUGGCAGUGGCUCUUGGGGUGCUGGUGUGGGCAGCUGAGAGUCGCUCAGCUGUGCGUCGCUGCCGCCGCAGUCACCCCGCCGCCUGUCUGGCCGCAGUGCUUGCCGUCGGCCUCCUGGUUCUCUGGGCGGUGGGCGGUGCUUGCACCUUCCUGCUCAGCAUCGCCGGGCCAGUAUUUAUAAUCCUGGUGCACGCCUCGCUGCGCCUGCGCAACCUCAAGAACAAGCUCGAGAACAAGAUCGAGAGCAUUGGUCUCAAGCGGACGCCAAUGGGACUGCUACUGGAGGCGCUGGGACAAGAGCAGGAGGCUGGAUCCUAGGGGCCUGAGAUCUGUACCCAAGACCUGGAGAAUGCCACCCCCACCCCGGCCAGUACCUGGCAUUCAGAGCCCUUUUCCAGCUCUUAAAAUAGGAGUCCCUUGCCCAGUUCAAAAAGCAGAUGCUCCCUCAGAUCCAAAACUGGGAUAUCCCUCAUUCCCAGCCCCCAUUACCUGGGGACCAGAGUCUUCCCCAGCCCUGAACUUGGGACCCAGAGCCACCCACAUCCAGCCAAAAACUAGGGCUUGGAAACCCAAGCAUCCAUGGCCAAACUCUAGAUGGAGACAUUCCCCCAACCCCAAACUGGGACCUACCAGUUACAAAGCUAGGGUGUGGGACCACAGCAAUCUCAAAUCUUGAACCCUAGUGCAAGGCUUUUCCAGACACUACCCCAGCUUUGAACCCACAUCAAGUCAUUGCCAAACCUUUACCCCAGGACCCAAGUGUUCCCAGCCUCCCUCUGGGUGGAAGAGUCAGGUAUCCAGACCCUGUUGAACGCUUGGUCCCAGGUGACUCCAACACUCACCAGUCCCACUUGCCUCCCUCCAGUUGUUUAGGGAUUCUGCCCCUGCCCCCAAGUUACACAGUGGUGAGAACCAUGGGAUGGGUUGGGGUGGAGUGGGGGUAGCCCCAACCUGGAAUGAGGCAUAUAUAUCAGUGUUGCUGCCAACAAUAAAGGCUGUUGCAUCUUUCAAGCCAA